AACAUCCCCGAACAUGAGCUCACUAAGCUAUUCUCCUGCUAUAGAAGAGGAGGUCUGCUGGACGGAGGAAGAAGUUCUCGUGAAAGAGGAGGAGGAAGAGGAGGCUGUUACAAUACAAAAACAAGUAGAGGAUGAGGCUGUUACCGUGAAAGAAGAAGAGAAAGACGUUUCAGUUAAAGAAGAGGAAGACGCAUUCAGAGUGAAAGAGGAGGAGGAUGUUACAGUAAAAGAAGAGGAAGAGGAAGAUGCGUUUAGAGUGAAAGAGGAGGCUGUUACAGUAAAAGAAGAGGAGGAUGCAUUUUUCGGAGUGAAAGAGGAGGAGGGGGAGAUGACUGUCACAUCGAAAAAGGAGGAAGAAGAGGAGGAAACAGGAUAUCUGGGCCCGGUUUCCCAAAUGCAAGUUAAGGCAUCCAAUGGUUCUAAUUAUGAAGUUAGCCGUAAGAUGGUUUUGAGAAACCUGGCCCUAAUUAACACUAGAGAGAGACGUGACAAUCGUGGAUCCUCUGGGGAGCCUCAACAACCUCAUGAUGCAGACGAGGCAGAGAAAAGUCCCUCCACAUCAGAACACCUCAAGAAACACCGGCAGAGACCCACAGGGAAGAGAACUCACUGCUGCUCUGACUGUGGGAAAAGAUUCACCUCUUCAGCUGACCUCAAAAGACAUCAGAGGAUCCAUACUGGAGAGAAACCUUAUAGCUGUGAUCAAUGUGGGAAGAAUUUUACUCAUUCAAGUAAUCUGAAAGCACACCAGAGAACACACUCAGGAAAGAAGCCUUAUAGUUGUGAUCAAUGUGGGAAGAGUUUUAUUACAUCUAGCUGUCUAACUAUACACCAGAGAAUACACACAGGAGAGAAAUCUUAUAGCUGUGAUCAAUGUGGGAAGAGAUUUGUUACAUCUAGCAGCCUGACUAUACACCAGAGAACACACACAGGAGAGAAAUCUUAUAGCUGUGAUGAAUGUGGGAACAGUUUUGUUACAUCUAGCAGUCUGAUACUGCACCAGAGAACACACACAGGAGAGAAACCUUAUAGCUGUAAUGAAUGUGGGAAGAGUUUUACUCAAUCUAGCAACCUGAUAGCACACCUGAGAAUACACACCGGAGAGAAACCCUAUAGUUGUAUUCAAUGUGGGAAGAGUUUUGUUACGUCUAGCCAUCUGACUCGACACUUGAGAAUACACACAGGAGAGAAGCCUCAUAGCUGUGAUUAAUGUGGGAAUGGUUUUGUUACAUCUAGACUGUACACCACAGAACACACACAGGAGAGAAACCUUUUCCCUGCUCUGAUUGUGGAAAGAGUUAUGUUUCGUCAGGAUGUUUAAAAUCACACCAGAGAACUCAUAGCUGUGAUCAUUGUGGGAAGAGAUACUCUAAUAAAAGGUGUCUGAUUAAACAUCAGAAAAUACAUGAAGGAGUUGUUUCAUGAUAUCAAUGAAAUAAUGUCACAAUGUAGAAUGUUUUAACAUUGUAGAAGGAGUAUUUUAAUGAUGUCACAAUGUAGAACCUUACAUGUUUGUCCCUUGUUCUAUUGAUUUCAGUGUCAUAUGUAUAUUAGCCUCAGGGGAAAAUCCAGGCUCUGAAUUGAAAGAGUACAAAAUAAAUAUUGUUAAACUUACCGCGUUGCCAAAUUAAUCAAAACGCAACACUUCAAAAUGUAGCUAGCUGUUUUCUACAAAUUGUCCUCUAACAUUAUUCACAGAUUCCAUGUGGUUUUUGAGCUGUUAGUUUUAACAGGAAGUGUAACGUCAUCUCUCCCCUCUAGUGCAAUUGAUUUCAAGUGAUAUCGAUAUGAGUGAUGACAAAUAAGUGUUGUGUUUCUCUUCGUUCUGAGGACCCCUAAAUUUAAAUGCAUCACUCCAAAAUGUAGCUGACUGUCUUCUGCACGUUGUCCUCUAACCAGUGAGGUGAAAUAUAUCUCCCAUUUCCAUGUGUUUUUAGUUGUGCUAGUUUCAACAGCACGUACAACCUGAUUUCCCCCCUAAUCGAUAUCAGUGAUUUAUUGCUACUUGUCAAAACAACAGCGUUUUUGGUGUUUGUGCAAAUUAAAAUGUGCUUGUUUAAAAAAAAAUACAAAUAUUAUAAUUACUAUUGUGUUUGUGUCGAUAGUACAUUUUAUGUUUAGGUUUUCAAUAUAUCAAACUGUUUCCGCAUAUUGGUUUGUACUCGUUAAAAGUGUGUUUUGACAUUGAUCCCACCAAGCAAAAUGUUGUUGAAAAGAUGUUUAAAAGAAGACUGCACCAGGUCCAAUCUACGUUUGGUUUUGGUUGAAAGUUGAAAAGACGUAUUUUUCAACGACUUGAAAACAACUUAGUUUCAACGUACUUGCAGCAUGGAGGUAGUAUAAAAAAUUGGUUUAUAAUCAGUUUUAUUAACAAUCUGACAUCACUCCAGCAUUUCUUUACAACAUUCAAGUGCUAAUUGUCGUUAUUCCACUACUGAAGAAGCAUGACUCAAAUCACCUCAUAUAUUCAAACAUUCAGCCCGACAAAAUAUACAUGUUUUAUGAUUCCAUCCCUCACCAUUCAGUUAAUUAUUGCCAAUACAUAUUAACAAAGGGGUUUACAUUUGGUUUUGAUAUUUUAUUAUUUACAUUUCAUGUAACAUUUAGUAAUCAAAAUCAUUUAUGCGACUAACUUAAUUUUAUUGUUUAUAAAACAAUGUAGUAAAACAAGCUUAUAUUUCUGGUUAGAUAUUACAUCCUAUUCUUACUAUUUUAAUCAAUGUCAUUUCCUUAGAAUGCUCAUUAGUCUUUCAGUUUUUAUUGUAUGUUUUUUAUCCUUAUAAUUGUUGUGUAGUAAAUAUUAGUUUUAAUUUUCAUUGUUUUCCAUUUGUUUUCUCCUGUGAAGCCAUUGUGUUGCAUCCAUGUCUGAAAUAAACAAAAGCAAAAACAA